AUGGCUUCGAUGUUCCGCAGCAGCUUGCGGACGGCACUCCGACCCGCCUCCACCUCCGCCUCCUCCUCUUCGGCCCUCGCCUCGAGCAGCAAGCUUCGCCUUCCAUCGCUGCGAUUCAACUCCACCUCGACCACCCCGCUCGAGACCGAAGCCGCGCCGACCGAGGUGCAGGAUGAGGCGACGGCGGUACGAUACAGCUACUUUGUGCCGCGUGUAGGAAAGACGCUGGACAGUCUGCCCGUAUACACGGACGUGCGCAAUGGCGGCACACGCACCAUGACCGAGGUGCGCAAGAUCCAGGGCUCCGUACAGGACCUCAAGCUCGACCUCGAGGUGUUCCUCGCCGACACCUACGCACCCACCUACCCCGACUCGCCACUAAGCGUCAACAAGAAACCGCUCCGCCCAAAACCGGGCCGCAAACUCGUUGCUUCCGUAGCCAAUCCGACGUACAUCCAACCCGUUGCCCAGGGCAAGGUGACCAACGCAGGGAAGCUCAAGAUCCGUGGAAACCGCGUGCACGAAGUCAAGGCCUUCCUCGAAUCCAGAGGCUUCUAA